AUGUCCUCCGCAUCUUCCACCAAUCGUCGGGUUUCUCAUCCAGCUUACGUCUCCUCCUGCUGGGAAAUUUCCGGUGUGGUUGCCAGUACUCUUACCGCUAACGUUGGAUAUCGCGUAGCUAACAGCGGUAUUGGUUGCAGUGGUAUCGAAGGAAACGAACCUUUCGAACACCCCGUUCAGCUCACGGCAUACACUGGCUCUGGCGUUGUAGUAAAUGUAGGCGACAUGUACUUCGCUAAAGCGAAAUUUUUCGCCCCGAACGAUCCUACGCCAACUAGCGCGAUUCAUGAACACAGUCACGUUGUUCAUCUCGGCAAUGCCGAAACCUUUCCCGGUGUCAUCAUCAAUAACACAGCAAUUUCUGCAAUCGGAGUUAUUGUCAGUAAACGUGUGGUACAAGAGGCUAAUCACGAUGGCCGGCCGACCACAGUCUGCAUUGUACGCCACACAGACUAUAACCCCGUCGUCGGUGCAAAUGUCGAAUUCAACAUUGAAUACUGGUGUCGCCCGGUACGCAAUCUCACCAAGGCCCAAAACCUCUUCCAGCGCGGUCGCGAAGUCACGCUGUUUGGUUAUAUUACCGGAAAAGAUACUCAACGCCACAUGUGGCAAGUCGACGUCUAUGCUGUGUCUGUCGCCACUGGCCACGAAUCAGUCAACAUUCCUACGGCUGGUGCGAGUACUGCGGUUUCGCAAACCACUGCUGCUGGGCGGGUACGUUUACCCAGGUACUCUGCCGCGGUUGGUAACAGCUCCCCAACACCGACCCAAUCCUCUCCAGCCGCUUCCACAUCUAACUCUGGCAUCGAUCCCCUUCAAGUCGCUCCUGAGGAGCCAUUGACCGCGUCAUCUCCCACUCCUGAAGUCAACUCCCGAGCACGCGGAAAAAAAGCUCGUAUUGAAUAG